UUGGGGGCCUUGGGACAGUCAGGUCCCCCGGCUUAUCUCAGUUAAGGAGGACAGCUCCGAAGAGGCCCCGCGGGUCCUCACGUGGGGCUGAGGCCUCCCGAGCCGCGUUGGGUGCGGCCAUUCCCCGCCUGGGUCCGAGCUGUCAGCCUCCUCAAGACCCGCUCUGGAGGAGCCGGACUCGCCUAGCGUGGGCUCCAGCCGUUGCGGUGUCCAGCUGCCAGCUUUCCGCCUGGAUCUCUGUCUCCUCAUUUCUCCAGUCUCCUCAGACAGAAGCCCUCGGGGUAUGUAACAGCCAUGCCUGUGGACACGCUGACUCCGGGAGCCCGAGACACCCCCGCCCUACCUUUCCGCCUACAGACCAAGGUCCCCGGCUACCAGCUACAGCGGCCAGCAGACUGUGGAGCCCGGAAACCUAGUGCUGUAGAGCGCCUGGAGGCCGACAAGGCCAAGUAUGUCAAGAGCCUGCAUGUGGCCAAUACCCGCCAGGAACCUGUGCAGCCCCUGCUGUGCAAACAACCACUCUUCAGCCCUGGAACUCGCCGCACGGUGCUCACGCCUUGCCGCCGAGUCCUGCCUGGCCCCGGCCGCCGGCCCCAGCUGGACCUGGACAUCCUGAGCAGCCUCAUCAACUUGUGUGAUAGUCCUGUGUCCCCUGCUGAGGCCAGCCGUACCCCCGGACGGUCAGAGGGGGCCCGCCAGGCUCCCCCAGCCACCCCCCCACGCCCACCACCCAGUAUUGCUGCAGUCCGCCGAGUGGAUGUCCUUCCCCUGCCGGCGUCACCUGCCCAGCCCUGCCCAUCACCAGGCACUGCCGCCACCUCUAGCCCGGCCCGGCCCCCAGGUUUGCAACGCUCCAAGUCAGACCUGAGUGAGCGCUUCUCCCGGGCAGCAGCUGACCUGGAGAGAUUUUUUAACUUCUGCGGCCUGGACCAGGAGGAGGCACGGGGAUUGGGUGUGGCCCACCUAGCCCGGGCCAACUCAGACAUCGUGUCCCUGGCUGGGCCCAGUGCUGGGCCGGCUAGCUCCGAGGGGGGCUGCUCCCGCCGCAGCUCUGCCACCAUCGAGGAGCUGGCUCGGGAGCGCGUCCCCUAUGGUGUGUCAGUGAUAGAGCGCAACGCCCGGGUGAUCAAAUGGCUGUAUGGGUUGCGACAAGCGCGGGAGACUCCAGCAGCUGAGGGCUAGGCCUCCAUGGGACUCGACAUUCGCCACGGGACAGAUCUUAGAGAAGCCAUAGGUCCCUUGACCUCUCCUGCAUCCAUUCCCUGGCUUGGGGCAGAUCAGAAGCUGCUGCCUCAUGUGAACUUGCUAUAGAGGCAAAGCCUCAGAGUCUGGACCAGCAUCCGUCUGACAAGGACUGACCCGGAGAGAGUUGGCUCUUGACCUUGGACUACCGCCUACGCCUCACAUGUGGGGUUUUGACGUGGAUGGACCCCUGCUUGUAGGUUUGGAUUUGGGGCACUUAGCCCUUCCCACUGAGAGUGAGGGACCAAGGGAUCUCACCAGAGCUGUCUACCCAGCAGCUCUGUUUCUUUCUUCCUUCCUUGGCCUCUGUCCUUUACUGACUUCCUCUUCCUUACCCAGUGGGCCUUGGUUCCCUGGGAACUCACCCUGGGGUGGGGGUAGGAAGGAGUGGCCUAUCUACAUUUUUCAAGGGGCUUGCCAGCCUGGGCCUAGGUGGGUAGACUACAGAAAGGACUGGUAGGAGUCUGCACUGCUCUGACUUCCCUCCUCUUGGUUAAUAAACACAAAUGCUUGUUUUUCAA